GUCUACAAGAACAUUCGUAGAAAGGGUCAAGUUUCAAAUAUAUUAGAUGCCAUGAUGUCAAACAAAUCUUCGGAGGGAACCGUUACAGGACAAGAUCAUUAUGCAAUUAUGGCGGAGGGAUUCACACCAGUAACUGGAGUAAAACUUGAUUGUGAUGAAAGCACAUCUAAUGAUAUGGCAGAGGAUUCCGAAGAUAAAGAGAGACUCGACGAUGCCACUUUGAGAGCGAAAGCAAAAGUUUUUCUCGAGAAAGGCAACGAAGCUUACAAACAAGAAAAGGAUUACACAUGCGCAGUCCAUUUUUACACGCAAGGCAUUCACGUGGAGUGCAAAGAUACCCGACUUAUCGCCAAACUAUACAGCAACAGGGCAGCAGCUCAUUUCCAUAUGGGAAAUUACCGAGAAACACUGGCAGAUGCAAAGCUUGCUCUUCGACUGGAGCCAACACUCAUAAAAGCUAUAGAACGGGGAGCUUCUGCUUGUGUAAAACUAAAGCUGUUUGGAGAAGCAAAACUCUUAUGUGUCGGGGGACGUAUGAUUGAUUGCAGCAGGAAAACCUUUGCGGAAGUUUUGACAAAAUGUGCUGUUGAGUCACUAGAGGGCUCGCAAGAAACGCAUGAAAGAGAAGGAAAAAUUCAUAACCACGCUACAGCGAUACAAGUUAGUAUUGAAAAUAUUAUAUAUGGUUUUUUUCUAUGGUAAUGCAUGUUGAUAAAGCCACACGAGGCCAAAACAGAGGAACAAAUAUCAUUACACCAGCUUCCAUUUCAAGGUUCAUGUGUUCAGUGCUAAGUUUUAGGUUCCACCACAG